AUGACAUCGACGAAAAUGAAAAUGAAGCAAACCUGUGCAAAAUGUAGUAAUAGUGGGAGUUCUGCUAUGUGUCAUGGUUGUCAACAAUCAUUUUGUACUAAACAUUUUAUUGAACAUCGACAAGAACUUUCUCAACAAAUGAAUGAUAUUGGUCAAGAACAUAAUCUCUUACGACAAGAUCUAAAUUGUGAAAAAAAUAUAGAUUCUUCAUUAGAAUAUAUUGAUAAAUGGGAACAAGAAUCAAUUAAAACUAUUCAAACAUGUGCUCAGAAUGCUCGAGUUGCUCUCCAACAAUUACAUAAUCAAACAAACAAUGAAUUGAAGAUGUUUUUUGGUAAAUUAACUCAACAGGUUCAAGAUUGUCAACAAUCAGAUAAUUACACAGAAAUUAAUAUUAAAAAUUGGAUUAAACAAUUAAAAGAACUUCGUCAAAUAAUUGAAAAACCAUCGUUUGUUAACAUUGAUUAUGAUAAUAGCAUAACAUCACCUAUCAAAUUGAUUAAAGUAACUGGUGUACAACAUUCACUGUUAUCUUUUUCUCAAGGAAAACAAUUGAAUGAAAAUAAUAAUGAUACUGAGAAUCGAUUUGUUGGAUGGUCUUCUAAUGAGAAAUUCAACGAGAAUUUUGGAAAUAUUACAUUGUCUACAGAUGGUCUCGCUGCAUGGUGUUCACGAACCACGACUGGCGGAUCAUACAUCAGUGGUAUUGGUCGUUAUUCAUCUAGAAUACAUUUUAUUCGUUUUCGAAUUGUGCAUAGAGACAGUGAUUAUUGGUUUUUUGGUAUUAUCACUGCAUCACAACAGUUGAUAUCAAGAAUUUCAAGAGCAAAGUCCGCAUAUGGCUGGAGAGAAUUACGUUAUACUGUUGUCAAUGGUGAACCGAAAAAUAGAGAUCUAACUGAAAUCAUUAAAUCAGGUGAUGAAAUAACAUUAAUAUUGAAUUGUGACAAUCGACUAAUUCAGCUUCAACAUCAUCGCACAAAUACAUUAGUUGAAAUAUCGAUUGAUCUCGAACAGUGUCCAUUUCCAUGGAAAUUCGUCAUUGGGUUAGAUUCUAUAAAUGAUGGCAUAAAAAUUGUUCGUUAG